UGCGGCCCGCAGACAUGAAGAAGAGGAAAUGAGAGGGAGGGAGCGCAGUGACAGCAAAGGAGGGUGGAGGAGAGUGGAAGUGUGACAGAAGAGAGAUGAUCGGAGGAGCGGAGUCUCAGUGAACAGAGCGAAGCGAUGGAGAGAUGCUCCAUCUCUCCUGUCGCACGACUGACUGCCCUCGUCUCCCUCCUCCUGGUUGCUCUGGUGACACAGCCCUCCACCUGUAACCGUGACGACAGCGAGGGCGAGGAGCAGGUGGACGCCCUGUCAGUCCAGCUGUCCGUCACAGCCCAGGUCACACCCACCCCUCUGUGGGCGGUGGUCUGGGGACCAACGCAGCCUCUGGAGGAUGAGACCUACCACUUCCUUUCCAGCCAGGAAACGGAGCCCCUGCACCAGUACGGGAACCAGCAGGAGGCCAGCACCGCCACGUCCGAGGACUGGCCUUAUCCUGAUGCAAGCAUGCAGCCCCCAGAGGAGGCACUGCUGGAGUCCAGGAACCAGGAGGGCGCGGAGGAUGGAGGAACGGAGGCGGAGGAGACGGAGCCUGAGGAAGUGGAUCCUCAAUUCUACGUCACCGUGACCAUCUCCUCGCUGCUGAUCCUGACGGCAGUCGUCAUUACAGCCAAACUCUGUUACGAUCGCAGCUGUUCCCAGCAUCCGCCCCCGCUUUCCCGUGGCGUGGCCCCCCCCCUCUCCCUCGCGCUCCCUCGUUCCCUCGCUUCGGAGGACAGCCGGCAGACGCUGCACAGCACCUCCUCCUCCUUCACCGACAGGGAGAGGAUCCCAGUCGUGAACCUCUGAGGUGACUGUUUCUCCAUAUGGUAAACAUUUCUACGGGGCCUGAAGAGGAACAUCAACGUGACCAGAGGGUGUGCCCACAGCACGUUUUAUUUUCUCUGAAACUGUGAAAUUAAUUCAGGGAUCCCAGGUAUCCAGCCAUCACAAAACAUCCCCGGCUUCCCUGAGGUCUAAAAAACCCAAACUCAUCUCCCUGCUGCUCCUUCCCUCCCUCCCUCCUUCCUUCCUUCCUUUCUUCCUUCCUUCCUUCCGUCCCUCUCUCCUUCCUUCCUCUGUGCUCGGUGUAAAUUUCUUUUAUGUGGCUCUGCGUCACUGUAACCUGCUCCUUGUUUUCCAUCCCCCUGUAAGGCCCCGAGCACUGCCAAGCUACCCAACCGCACUGUGUGCUUCAACCUGCCAUGACUAAUUCACAAACAAACAGUUUAACAGCCAUGCAACAUCCCAUUACCCCUGAAAUGCCCUACCUGUGCUUCCACAACUGUUUCCAGUGAUUCAGUUGCACAUCUGAAGCUGUUCAGUAGUAAUUUAAAUCCAGCGGCUGUUCUUUCAUGAGAUGCCAGUCAAAUUCAGCUUGGUUUAGUGAGCCUGUAUCUGGCUUGUAAAUGGUUAAAAAACCCAUCCUCAGCAUCUCCAAACACUGAACGGGGUAUUUCACAAAGCUGUUUGGCAUGGCUGUAGCCAACAGGCAAUGUGUUUAACAUGUCACGCUCCAAAAACUGCUGUUUAUUCCCCGCUUUGGGCGCCUCAAAUGCAAAUAGUGUGGCUUUUCUCCUCUGCAGUGUGUUGAGCGCUCUGUUUUGUUUCGGUUUUUCCUCAUGAUUUGUUCUCUUAAUUAUCUGGCUGACGUUCACCUCUUUGUGGGCACCCUUUGUUCCUGCUGGACUGUGUAGAGGUGUGUUAAACAUAAGAGUACUUCCACUGGAGGAGAUAAAAUAUUCAGAACAUGAAUGGAUGGAGGAGGCAUUCCUGCUGAAAAUGAAUGAUUCCCAAAGGUUACGGAUGGUUUGCAGCAGAUUUAUGACUUCAUGGAAACGAGCAUCAGUGAACUGCAGGAGUGAUCAAAGGACUGGUGCUACCACAAAAAGGAGUUUUCUCACCUGACAGCCAAGUAGCUCAAUCUGGAAAACAAAACCAGCAUCAUUUCCCUUCAUAUCAUUCUCAAGUCACUGUAUAUCGGCUGUGCUGGGUGCACCAAAGGAUAGUAGAGUACGUCAAGGAGCAUCGUUUCUGUCUCUCCAAUGAAUCUGCAUGUAUACAGUAAGAAAACCUGUUAGAGUUGCUUCAAAUCUAUUAUUUAUAAAUGUCUAUUUUAUCUAUCAGUGAGUGAUGUCUUAUAGAACCUUUCAAAGGCCAAAUGUCAGUUUGUGUUUGGCAACUUUUCUAAGCAGCUUUGAGACAUGACCCCACCUCCACUUACACACAUUUCCACCACAGACAUAGUGCUGGUGACAUCAUGCGUGGCUCGUGCAAUCCUCCAGAUAUCCAGUCUUGUGAUUUUUGGUAGCAUUCCUGUAGAAAAUGUGGUCUUUCUGUACCAUGGAAGUUCAAUAAAGACUCAACACUGGCGUUUUA